CGGGAGUGGGCGCGGCCCGGGGCGGGGCUGGAGGCGGAAGCGGCCGGCGGUCUGCACCUGGCGUGCCUAGGCUCCUUUUGGCUGGUUUCCUUUGAGGAAGUGUGACCGCCGGGGCUGGGAAGCCAAGCUAGGUCAGUCCCGAACUGGAGCUUAACUUUCAGAAAAGAGACGACCCAACAAGAUUCUUUCUGGGAGACCGCCAGGUCCUCGCUUCCAUGGACCAGACGGCCCCGGCCGGGGGCAGCAACAGCACCCCCAUCCCACAGGUCCUGUGCCCUGAUCUCUUUAGUCCCGAGGGCUUGGAGGAGCUGCUGUCUGCACCCCCUCCUGAUCUGGGGACCCAACGGUGUCACGGCUGGAACCCCAAAGACUGUUCAGAGAACCUCGAGGUCAAGGAAGGAGGGUUGUACUUUGAGCGGCGGCCGGUGGCCCAGAGUACUGAUGGGGCCCGGGGUAAGAUGGGUUACUCCAGCGGCCUGCACGCCUGGGAGAUCAGCUGGCCGCCGGAGCAGAGGGGCAUGCAUGCUGUGGUGGGUGUGGCCACGGCCCUCGCCCCGCUGCAGGCUGACCACUACGCGGCGCUGCUGGGCAGCAACAGCGAAUCGUGGGGCUGGGGAAGCUGUACCAUCAGAACCAGGGGCCCGGGGGCCCCCCAGUACCCAGCCGGACCUCAGGUAAGCGCCGUCUGGGGCCAGUGCCAGGUCCGCAUCCGCUACCUUGGCGAAAGGAGAGGUGAAGCCUAGGAGCCACACUCCCUUCUGCACCUGAGCCGCCUGUGUGUGCACCACACCCUGGGGGAUACCCAGCUUGGCCAGGUAUCUGCUCUGCCCUUGCCCCCUGCCAUGAAACGCUACCUGCUCUAUCAGUGAGCCUUGUGAUACCACAGAUUGUGCUGGGGCCUUGCCACUACCCCUGCCCUUGAGGAGGUGCUACUAGCCCAGACUUAAAGCCAGUGAGGAUGGGUACCAACCCCAACCCAUCCUCUGGGGAGCUCAGCAGCCCCAGAGCCAUUUAGAGGGUAGAGGGAGGGAGGUGAUAAUCAAGACUGGGGCAGCUGGUAUGCAAGACAUUUUUU